ACAAGGUGUACAGGUCAAGGAAUUAAGAAUUACAUUUUGUUUUUUCAUUCACUUUUGUCAUGUGUUGAUUUCUAUUUGAAGACUAAACAACAUUUUGUUUUAGUUGACAUUUUUGUUUUGGUGAUAAUCAUAAUAGUCAUUGUUAUUUUCUCUGAAAAACAAACUAAGAAUAUAAUAUACAACUUAAAGUUUUAAUGGAAACUAGUUGUUAGAUCAUCUAUGAGCUGCGAAGUUCAGCGGAGAGACCAUAUGAUGGAAAAAAGGCCAAACCUUUCUAUACUUAAUCUUCACAAAAGUUUCAAAAAAUUUAAUGUGGAGUGCGGACUCAUUUUGGAGAAUAUGAGGGGUUUUGUAAGAUAUCUGAGCAAGUAAUAUUUUUCAUCCAAACAUAUUUUUCUCAAAUUACUUCUAUUAAAACCCAGUAGUUUAUUUAUGUUCUUAGUUACCAUUUUUAUCUUACUCUUCUAGUUGGUCUUUCUUCCUAAUUCCAUUAAUAUAUGCUGUGUUAGAAUUCUACAAUUUCAAGGGGCCAGCACAAUAACAAUAUGUACAAUAACUUGUUGUGUUACUUUGAUGCUGGGAUACAUUCCUUUGCCUUGCCAUCCUCUAUUCAUUGAUGCACAACUACACUAUUUCACUUGUCUCAUUUAUUGCAUCUUCAAUUUGGUGUGAUAAAUUUCAACGGGAACAAAGCAAUUAGGGGCAACAUUUAUUUUUCCAAAAGCUAUGCUGACAAAGUCAAGAAAAUAUGAAGCAUUAGUUCCAAGAUAUUUUGAUAAUUGUAUUAUUGUAGGAAGUGUGGAGUUAUAUUGUGCACAUAAUCACAUAGCUCUGUCACAUCACUUUGCCUCACUUUGUGUUUGUUUGAUCUCUUUUGGGUGUGAUGUUAAUAACAAAAUUAAGUUCACAUUCAGCGAGUAUUUAAAUGCAUGCUUCUUAUGUAUUACCACAUAGUUAUCAAAUCCAUAUAAAGCCAUACAGCAUAAACUUCUUACUGCACGAAAUGAAGCCUUUUUCUUUCUUGGCACCUAUACUUUUCUACCUUCAUCUUCUUUUUCUGUUUACUUUAAACUUAAUAUGGUUUGCUCCAAACCAAAUUGUGGCAGUAACAUUAGGAAACCAAACAGAUCAUUUGGCAUCGCUCAAAUUCAAAGAAUCAAUAUCUAGUGAUCCACAUAGAGCUCUUGAAUCCUGGAAUACUUCCAUCCACUUCUGCAAGUGGCAUGGAAUCACAUGCAGCCCCAUGCAUCAAAGAGUUAUAGAGUUGAAGUUAGAAGGAUAUCAGUUACAUGGAUCUUUACCUCCCCAUGUUGGCAAUCUCUCUUUUCUUAUAUAUCUCAAUCUUAAUAACAACAGCUUCUUUCGAGAAAUCCCACAGGAGUUGGGUCAGUUGCUACAAUUGCAACAACUUCAUCUUUCCCAUAACUCGUUUGCAGGUGAAAUUCCUACAAACUUAACAUAUUGCUCCAAUCUCCAAGGCUUGUUUUUGGGAGGGAACAAUUUGAUUGGCAAAAUACCAAUUGAAAUUGGCUCUUUGAAAAACCUUCAAUCAUUCUACAUUUGGAAAAAUAAUUUAACCGGAGGAAUCCCUUCAUUCAUAGGAAAUCUUUCAUACUUAACAGAGAUUUCGGUUAAUUAUAACCACUUAGAGGGAGAUAUUCCAAAAGAAGUAUGUCGCCUCAAAAACUUGACAACUUUAACUUGCGCUGUGAACAAUUUGUCUGGUAUGAUUCCUUCUUGUCUUUACAAUCUUUCAUCACUUACUGGGCUCGUAACAACAAAGAAUAACAUUCAUGGUUCUCUUCCACCCAACUUGUUCCACACCCUUCCCAAGCUCGAACAUUUUCUAAUUGGAGGGAAUCAAAUAUCAGGCACAAUUCAAACUUCAAUUAUAAAUGUAUCUUCCUUUGUAGAAUUUGAUAUCAGUCAAAAUCAAUUUGUAGGACAAGUUCCAACUCUAGGAAAGCAAAAAGAUUUGCAACUUCUGAAUUUGGAAAUCAACAAUUUAGGUGACAAUUUAACUAAUGAUUUGGAAUUUUUGAAAUCUUUGACAAACUGUAGUAAAUUAUAUGUGAUUUCUAUAUUCCAUAAUAAUUUUCAAGGCAUUCUCCCAAAUGCCAUAGGAAAUUUAUCCAUUGAACUCAAUGAACUAUAUCUUGGGUUUAACAAGAUAUCAGGAAAAAUUCCUGCAGAGUUAGGACACCUAAUUGGCUUAACUCUAUUGGGCUUGCAAUUCAACUACUUUGAAGGAAUGAUUCCAACUACUUUUGGGAAGUUCCAAAAGAUACAACAAUUACAACUGGAUGGAAACAAUCUAUUAGGAAAUAUACCGCCCUUUAUAGGCAAUCUCAGUCAAUUGUAUUAUUUGGAUUUACAUCUUAAUAUGUUUGAUGGAAGUAUUCCUCCAAGUAUAGGGAACUGCCAACAACUACAAUAUCUAGAACUUUCACACAACAAGCUCAAAGGAACCAUACCUUUAGAAGUUUUUAACCUUUCUUCUUUAUCAAACUCAUUGGACUUGUCACAUAACUAUUUGACUGGUAGCUUACCAAAAGAAGUGAGAAUGUUCAAAAAUAUUGAUAUGCUAGAUGUCUCAGAGAAUCAUUUAUCUGGUGCUAUUCCUACAACCAUUGCUGAAUGCAUAAGCUUAGAAUAUCUUCUUUUGCAAGGAAACUCCUUUAAUGGAACAAUUCCGUCUACUUUGGCUUCUCUCAAAGGCCUUCAGUAUUUAGACCUUUCAAGAAAUCGAUUGAGUGGAUCAAUUCCUGAUGUUAUGCAAAACAUCUCAGUUUUAGAAUAUUUGAAUGUUUCUUUUAAUAUGUUGGAAGGUGAAGUACCAAUAGAUGGUGUCUUUGGAAAUGCAACCCAAAUAUCACUUGUUGGAAACAGUAAACUUUGUGGAGGUAUUUCACAACUGCAUCUACCACCAUGCCCUAUCAAGGGUAGGAAACAAGCAAAACACCAUAAAUUCAAAUUGAUAGCAGUGAUAGUUAGUGUGGUUUCUUUUCUUCUGGUACUUUUAUUUGUUAUAACUAUCUACUGGAUGAGGAAAAGAAAUCAAAAUAGGUCUUUUGAUUCACCAACAAUUGAUCAGCUAGCUAAGGUUUCAUACCAAGACUUGCAUCGAGGAACUAAUGGUUUCUCGACUGAAAACUUGAUGGGAUCAGGAAGUUUUGGUUCUGUGUAUAAAGGAAAUCUUGUUUCAGAAGAUAAUGUUGUUGCUGUAAAGGUGCUGAACCUUCAAAAGAAGGGAGCUCACAAGAGUUUCAUUGUUGAAUGUAAUGCACUCAAAAACAUAAGACAUAGAAAUGUAGUCAAGAUUUUAACAUGUUGUGUUAGUACGGAUUACAAAGGUCAAGAGUUUAAAGCUCUAGUUUUUGAUUACAUGAAAAAUGGGAGCUUAGAACAAUGGUUGCAUCCGGGGUUUCUAAAUGUUGAGCAUCCAACAACAUUACACCUUGGUCAUAGAUUAAACAUCAUUAUCGAUGUUGCAUCUGCAUUACAGUAUCUUCAUCAAGAAUGUGAGCAAUUGGUCAUUCAUUCUGACUUAAAGCCAAGCAAUGUCCUUCUUGAUGAUGACAUGGUUGCUCAUGUGAGUGAUUUUGGCAUUUCAAGACUUGUCUCAGCCAUUGGCGGUACCUCUCAUAAGAAUACUAGUACAAUUGGAAUAAAAGGAACUGUUGGCUAUACUCCUCCGGAGUAUGGAAUGGGUUCUGAAGUGUCCACACUCGGUGACAUGUACAGCUUUGGAAUCUUUCUGUUGGAAGUUCUUACUGGUAGAAGACCCAUGGAUGAAGCUUUUGAAAAUGGUCAAAAUCUGCAUAAUUUUGUUGCAGUGUCAUUUCCUGAUAAUGUUAUAAAGAUUUUGGACUCACAUCUUGUAUUUAGAGAUGGAGAAGUAGAAAUAGAAGAUGAAAAUCAUGAGAAUCUUGCUCCCAAUGUAGAGGAGGGUUUGGUUUCACUGUUUAGGAUUGGACUUACUUGUUCAUUUUUCACUGAUGAGACUUUUUAUGCUUAGUUGAAUCAUAACUAGUCGUUCAUUUCUUUCAGAGUUAUAAUUUGAUUUUUUAUAAUCUUAUUGUGUAUUUCAAAAAUGCUAAAGUACAAAAUACAAAGGUAAU